AUGGCCGCCGCCUCCACUCUCUUCUUGCUCUCCCUCGCCCUCUUGCUCCACCUCCAUGCCGGGCCCGCGGGAUCGGUGCCGGUGUCGGUGUCCACCGCGCUUCCCGUGGCAGGGGACGCGCUGGCGCCGCAGCUGCCGAGGGCGGAGCUGGCGGCCAUCUUCCGGGUGAUGGCGGACCUCCUCGGCGACCCGGCGUGGCCGCGGCUCCACCCGCGGCCCUGCACGGACACGCCGUGGCCGGGCCUGCAGUGCGAGGUGGCGCCCGACGACGCGCGCGUGCUCCGCGCCACGCGCCUCCACUUCGGCCCCGACGUUGCCACCCCGCCCUGCAGGCCCGGGGCCAGGCUCGACGCCGCCUCGCUGCGCGGCCUGCCGCACCUCCGGACGCUCUCCAUCUUCGGCUGCUUCUCCGGCGCCGCUGACCAGGCCGCCGCCGUCGAGCUGCCGCCCGCGCUGUUCGCGGGCGCGGCGUCGUCCUCGCUCGAGCAGAUCGUGCUCAAGUCCAACCCCGGCCUCGGGGGCCCCAUUCCGGCGACGUUGAGCGGACUGCGGAGCCUGCGCGUGCUCAGCCUCUCGCAGAACGGCUUCCGUGGCGGGAUCCCCAGGGAGCUCGGCGGCCUCGCCGCGCUGCAGCAGCUCGAUCUCAGUUACAACAACAUCACCGGCGAGAUACCCGAUGAGAUUGGUGCCAUGUCGAGCCUGACCAUCCUUGACCUGAGCUGGAACAGCAUCGACGGCGGCGUGCCGGCGCCGCUGGGCAAGCUCCAGAGGCUGCAGAAGGUGGACCUGAGUUACAACCGCCUCGCCGGCCGCGUGCCGCCGGAGGUGGGGUCGCUGCGGGAGCUCGUGUUCCUUGACCUGAGCCACAACAGCCUCGCGGGCUCGCUGCCGACCUCGCUGGCCGGACUGUCCAGGCUGCAGUACCUGCUGCUGCAGGACAACCCGCUCGGCACGGCGGUGCCGGCGGUGGUCGGGUCGCUGCGCCGGCUGCAGGUGCUGGGCCUGUCCGGGUGCGACCUGACGGGGCCCAUCCCGCGGGGCGCGUUCGCGGCGCUGGCCAGCCUCACGGCGCUGUCGCUGGACCGGAACCGCCUGGACGGGCCGAUCCCGGCGAGCCUGGCCGCGCUGCCGCACCUGGGCCAGCUCAACCUCAGCCAGAACCGGCUGGCCGGGGAGAUCGCGCUGCCGGGGCACUUCGUGGCGCAGCUCGGCAGGCGCCUCGAUGUGCGGGGCAACGACGAGCUGUGCGUCGGCAGGGGCCUGCAGGGGAGCGGCUACCUGGGGGCUCCGCCGUGCGUGGACAGGCGCAACGGCGACGGCUCGCCGGAGAGAUCCGGUGCUGCGGCGGCGGCCGGCGGUGGGCGACGACGGUGUUACGCGGCCGUCGGCCUGUUGGACGGGUCGGCGUGUCAUCUUUUUGUGUCGUGUCUGGUGCUCGUGUUCCAGUUGUGA